GGCUGUAUUUUGGUCGGCACUCUCAAGUUUUUGGGAAUUCGAUUCCUUCUAGAAUUCGAAUUUAUGUAGUCAGGACUAGGAAUUCUACAAUACUUACACCACCACCACAAUGGGAUAGAGAGACAUAGAAGGCCGAGCCCAUUAUAAAUGUGCCAAGUCUUGUAAUUCAUAGUAUCAACGUUGUCACUUGUCAAUGCCACCAGAUUCUGUUGUCAAAUUCCUCUUCCUUUUCCUCUAGGGUUCCUCUUUGUAAUUUUCUUUUGCGUCUCUUGUGCUGCUUCCGUUCUUCACAGCAAUGGCCAAGAAGAGGAACACACGUGAGAAGAAGAAGAACAACAACAACAACAAAAAGAAGACCCCAAUUGAUUGUAUACCAAAGUAUUCUCAACAGCCAAGAAGCUCACCUCCUAAACGCCGCACUGAUUUCUCUGUGUUUAUGUGUACUCCUUCCUCCCUUUCCAAUUCUCCUACUGGUUCCUCACCAGGUUCAUCUUCUGAAUUGAGAUUGUCCAAUGUCACUGCAAGCGGUUUGCAGGAGAGGAGAAUGGCAGUGAAACAAUUUCCUGAAGAUACACUGGUUCGAUGCAGCAAUUACCAAGAGGGUAGACCAGUGUGUUCAUCUGAAUGUUUUGAUGCUCCAGCUAUGGAAGUUGGUUCAGCCAUCCAAGAUGAUGGUCUCGACCUUGGUGGCAAUAGGGAUGGUUGUAAUGAAAAAAUUGAUAUUUUCAAGACAUCAGAAUCUACCCCUCGCGAAUCAUCUGUCAGUGAUAACAGUUCUCUUGCUGUAACCCCGGGAAGUGUUGUCUGGGCAAGAACCUCUUGUCAAAUGUGGUGGCCUGCUGAGAUCAUGGAAGAAAGAUCUGCAUUAUCUAACCCUGUUAGUGAUGGACAUGUUUUGGUGCAGUUUUAUGGAAAUCAUCCCAGGGCUUGGGUUGAUCGGAUGACAGAUAUUUCAUCAUUUGAGGAUUCUUUUGAAGAAAGGAGCAAUAACCCUUCAAAAGAUUUUCAAAAGGCUCUAAAGCAAGCCUUAGAGAGAAAGACACAACUUAGUUCUUGCCAAAAGUUGAGUCCUGGUAGUUCUGCUCACUCUGAUCAGCAUGAGCGUUCAUCUGAUAAAUGUACUUCACCUAGCUCAAGCAGAACAAUCGAUGAUUUUCAAGAGAGACGAAGAGGGAAAAGGGAACGUAAACGCAAAGUUCAUUUUGAUGAGGUGAUAGCUCCAAUGAAAUCAGAAAGAAAGGUUCGUCGGUUGAAGAUAAUGCGUUACCUCGGCCUUGUAGCUCCAAUUGGUUCUCCUUUUUGACCAUGAUUACGGAUAUAAAUGUAUAUUUCAGAUAAUUGCGGCCUAACAGCUCUACUUGAUUUUUCCUUUUUGUAAUCAGUAUAAUCACGAGUUACGCUAUUUCAAAAAUUUGCUUAACAGUUCUUGCCAUUAGAUUUGUACCUACCACUUUUCAGUAUCAUUUGAUCUCGUUUAUUUCAUUAUUAUCUGUAUAAACCA